CGAACUCAGUCGCGACUCCAACUUUGGCUGAUCACCAUAAUGAACACGAGCCGCCGAGGACACGCCGCCGCCGGCAUGAACUACCCCAAGUACAUCACAGCGUUUCUCGUGGUGGUGACGCUGGUCUACUUCCUAUGGGUUCAGAAGUCCUUUGCGAUGAGUUCCCCUCAGUUGAAGGCAUCCGCUGACGAAACCAAACUGGCUGCAGUUACUACGACAACAAUUGCGCCAAAGCCAGUAGUGCGAUCAUGGUCGCGCACUCCCGGUCGUCGAUACGUCUGGAUCGAUGUGGAAAUCGACGGAGCACCAGUCGGUCGCAUCACCGCCGAGGUAACGGCGUUUCUUCCUAUCAUUCUCGCACAAAGGUGUUCAUUGCUGUUACUGUGCAAUCGGAAGCUGUACAUGGACAUUGUGCCCGCCACUGCCGAGAACUUUCGCGCGCUUGUGACGGGUGACAACGCCGCAGGGCUCUCGUACAAGGGCUCCGUCUGCCACCGCAUCAUCACGGGGUUCAUCGUGCAAUGUGGGGACUUCGAAACCGGGAAAGGAUACGGCGGCCGCAGCAUCUACAGCACCGGCAAAUUUAACGACGAGCCCGCGGGACUCCAACUCAAGCACGACAAGCGUUAUGUUCUCCAAAUGGCAAAUUCUGGCCCCAACUCGAACGGAUCCCAGUUCUGCUUCAUGUUGGGCGCGGCGCCGCAUCUCAAUGGGCGACACGUCGUAUUCGGCCAGGUUGUGGAUGGCUUUGAAGUCGUCGACUUGAUGGAGACGGCGGGAGCUGCCGAAGAUGGCGUCGUGUUGAAGCACAACGUUGUGCUGAAGAAAGGUGGUGAAUACCUGGAUUGAACACGAUAUUCGUGGACCGUCGUAUUUCCGUAAUUGCAACUAUUACGCGAUUUGAAAUUCAGCGCUCUUAUCCAAUAAAAAUUACUUUUCACA